GUUAACACAACACAGUGUAAAGCAUGUUUCCGUAGUGCUUUUGGUGAUUGUCUGGCUCAAGAGGCAAAUAAUUGUACGAACCCGACAACUGACAGCUGUUUCUCGGCUACUGGCUGUUACAUGUUUAACAACGGCUCUAAAGCAAUUCUGAGCUUUGUUGCCCGAGGAUGCAUUGCCUGCCCAAGUGAGAAGCUUUUCUUAUUGAUUGAAAUAUCCGUUGACAGACUAUUGUUUAUUUUUUCCUUCAGUAUAAGCGAGUUGUAAUAAAAUUAAGGAUGUCUCUAAGAGGUUGCAGUGUUGUUAUGUUAGCCUUUGAUGCCUAGAUCUUCAGAAAUAAUUCGGCCUUUGAUGCCUAGAUCUUCAGAUAUAAUUCGGUUUUUUUUUUUUUACAUCAUAUCCAAAGGAAUAUUCGUCAAAAGUUUGUUUGCACCAAUCGUUCCACUAUUGGUGUUUAAAGAUAUCGAAACCGUUUAGGGAAAUUAAAAAAACUAAUAUUUUAACACAGUUGUUGGCUUUUACGACAUACCACUGGUAUAUUUUUCUUAUCUACUACAGCAGGGGAAACGGCGUGCAGCAAUUUUAAAGUCCGGUUUGAAACUGAAACGAACUGGACCUUACGGGAUUAUUAUAACAUAAUGUGCUUUCAAAGUCAGGGUCAGUAG